CUUCUCUUAACCAGCAUAUCUACCUUUGCAACCCAUGUUGCCGCCCACGCGACGUUCCAGGACCUCUGGGUCAACGGAUCCACCUGCGCAAGACUACCCAACAGUAACAGCCCCGUCACCUCGGUAACAAGCAACGACAUCCGCUGCAACGCCAACCAAGGCCCCGCCGCCUCCAAAUGCAGCGUCCCAGCCGGCACCACGGUAACCAUCGAAAUGCACCAACAAAACGGCGACCGCUCCUGCGCCAACGAAGCCAUCGGCGGCGCCCACUACGGCCCUGUCCUCGUCUACCUCUCCAAAGUCUCCGACUCCUCCACCGCCGACGGCUCCACCCCCUUUUUCAAAAUCUUCGAGGACACCUGGGCGCUCAAUGCGUCUGGCAGCAGCGGCUCAGACGACUACUGGGGCACCAAGGAUCUGAACAAGAACUGCGGCAAGAUGGACGUCAAGAUCCCUGUGGACCUCGCCGCGGGAGACUACCUCUUGCGUGCUGAAGCUAUCGCGCUGCAUACGGCAGGGAGCUUAGGCGGAGCGCAGUUUUACAUGACGUGUUAUCAGAUUACCGUUACAGGAGGUGGCUCGUCGGUUCCGUCUGGCGUUUCUUUCCCGGGCGCGUACAAGGCGUCUGAUCCCGGCAUUCUGAUUAAUAUCUACCAGAAACUCGCCUCGUAUGUUGCACCGGGUCCUGCGGUUGUUGCGGGU